GUUUCCCAGGCUUGUCACUCCGGCUUCCGCCGCAGCCGGCGGCUUCCUCCUGGCGCACUUCGGGCGGCGGGCUCUCUAGGCCGGCGCGUCUCUAUGGCCGCAGGGGCCUCAGUUCCGCAGGCUCUCUCAGCACCAUGGCUGCAGCGAAAGAAAAUGUCAGUUUAUUCUUCAAGCUGUACUGCUUGGCAGUGAUGACCCUGGUGGCUGCAGCAUACACUGUCGCUUUAAGGUACACAAGGACAACAGCUGAAGAACGCUACUUCUCAACCACAGCCGUGUGUAUUACAGAAGUUAUAAAGUUACUGAUAAGUGUUGGACUUUUAGCUAAAGAAACUGGCAGUUUGGGUAGAUUUAAGGCAUCAAUAAGUGAAAAUGUCUUCGGGAGUCCCAAGGAACUGGUUAAGUUAAGUGUGCCAUCACUGGUGUACGCUGUUCAGAACAACAUGGCUUUCCUAGCUCUUAGUAAUCUGGAUGCAGCGGUAUACCAGGUGACCUAUCAAUUGAAGAUUCCAUGUACUGCUUUAUGUACUGUCUUAAUGUUAAAUCGAACACUCAGCAAAUUACAGUGGAUUUCAGUUUUUAUGCUAUGUGGUGGGGUCACACUCGUACAGUGGAAACCAGCCCAAGCCACAAAAGUUAUGGUCGAGCAGAACCCAUUAUUAGGCUUUGGAGCUAUAGCUGUUGCAGUGCUGUGCUCUGGAUUUGCAGGAGUCUAUUUUGAAAAAGUUUUAAAGAGUUCAGACACGUCCCUGUGGGUGAGAAACAUCCAGAUGUACCUGUCAGGGAUUGCUGUGACGUUAGUGGGCACCUACUUGUCAGACGGAGAUGAGAUUAAAGAAAAAGGAUUUUUCUUUGGUUACACGUAUUAUGUCUGGUUUGUUAUCUUCCUUGCUAGUGUUGGAGGCCUCUACACCUCCGUUGUGGUGAAGUACACAGACAACAUCAUGAAAGGCUUCUCCGCGGCCGCCGCCAUUGUCCUCUCUACCAUUGCUUCAGUCAUACUGUUUGGAUUGCAGAUAACACUUUCCUUUGCACUGGGAGCUGUUCUGGUAUGUGUUUCCAUAUACAUCUAUGGGUUACCCAGACAAGACACGACAUCCAUUCAACAAGAAGCAGCUUCAAAGGAGAGAAUCAUUGGUGUGUGAUGGGAGUCUCAAGAGAUUCCUGCAAGGACUAAACCGUUGGUAAUUAGAG